CCGUAUUUCCCAUUACGCAAAUUACGCCUAGGCGUAAGGCGGCAAAACUGGGGAGGCGGCAAAAUUUCAAACAAUUAUCAGGAAAACUCUUAAACUGAAAUUAUAUACGGGGCCAUCACCCAAAAUCUAUUUUACGUAUAAUACAGCUAAAAAUGAAUGAAUGUUUGGUAGGUUUCCAAUGAAAUCUAAAGUCUCCGCCCCGCCGUAACAUGGUCGGGCAGAAGUACAAUUGUUGGGAAUGAUUAUUUUAUCUGACUGUAACAAAAGGAUACCGCUUAUCUGCCGCGCGAUUGCCGCAAAGAAGCCGCUUUAGAUAAGAGCCGCGCUACUGAUAGUAGUCAAAGGAAGUCGUAAGUGAACGUCUCGAUUUUUCUAGUAAACUACUUAACUACUGGAAAUUCCUAGAACAUUCAGGAAACCCUGCCGGUAGGUAUAUAAAGCGAACAGUUACAGCUGUGUGCUGUGUGCUAUCACCAGACAGUUGAAGAUAUGAGUGAGAGAGUGACUAGCAGACAGAUUGGCUAGACAGAGUGGUUUUAGUAGUGAGAUAGUGUUAAGUAAGUGUUAUUAGUUAUUAUUUGUAAAGAAGUAGAAGAGUGAAGAGUAUUGAGUAUUAGAAAUCUGUAAAUAUUAGUAGGUAAAUAGUGCAAGUAUUGUUAUACUUAUAAGUGGACUUGUUGAAAUAAAGUAGUAGUUUAAAGUUUUAAAGUGAGUUGUUGGUUUAUUGAAGAACGAAGAACCCACGGAAAAUACGACGGGUAAAAGUCGUAACAAUAUUCAAUAUUGUUCAUCCCAGUCAGUUAGUUUAAACUGUUUAAAGUGUCGAGUCCAGUGUCGCAAAAUUUUCAACACUAUGAGUGACGGCCGAAAACGAUUAAGUGGAGCGCAAUACAAGACGCUUGCUGAGGAAAAGCGGAGAAAACUUCAUGCAGUUUUAGACAAAACAAAAAAAUUAAACAACUAUUUUUUAAUUAAACCUACAACUACAACUUCCAAAGCGCAAACACAUUAUUCGGAUUCGGAAUCGGAGACUGUUACUGCUGUGUCUGCUGUACCUAUACCACCAGAUAAUGCGGAAGCGAUGGACACGGAGCCAAGUGAGAGGUCAGAAUCUAAAAUAGAAGCAUCUGCAUGUGCAUCAGCUUCAGUAAAUCCACAAUGUUUACAAGCAGUUAUCAGUAACGACCCUGCCGAAUGGAAGGCCAACGAUGCUACUAUCGAUUAUUUGUUGUCCUUACCAAAUGAAAUAUGCCAAAAUACAGAUGAGGAUUUUUCACUAACAAAAACUGUUAUUGGCAAUAAGACAUGGUAUCUUACUAAGAACGUUUUCCGUCGGAAACUUGCCAAUGAGGAAGAACAACCUCGUAGAUACUUAAUAUAUUCACCAUCAAAGAAAUCCCUGUUUUGCAUUCCAUGUCGUCUUUUCGGAGGAACCUCAAAAAUGGCCACUGAUGGCGUAAAUGACUGGAGUAAUGUAAAUAAAAUUUUGAAUUUACAUGAAAACUCCCACGAACACGCCAAAUCCCAAGUAACCUUAUUGCGGCGUCAACAAAAGCAAAACCAAAUUGAUUCAUUGCUGUGUCAGCAAAUAAGACUCGAAGAAGAUUACUGGCGAAAAGUGUUAAAGCGGGUGGUUGCAGUGACUAAAAAAUUGGCUUCCAGAGGUUUACCGUUUAGAGGAACAGUUGAAAAAUUCGGCAAUCCAAACAACGGAAACUUCAUGAUAUGUCUGGAGCUCAUAGCGGAAUUUGAUCCGUUUUUAGCCACGCAUGUAUCUCAGCACGGAAAUCCGGGAAGUGGUAAAACUUCAUACCUCUCAUCUACAAUAUGUGAAGAAUUUAUCGACUUAAUGUCGACUGAGGUUCUGAAUCACAUUAUGUCCGAAAUUGGAAAGUCAAAAUACUAUUCAAUUAUGAACUGAACAAAAGAUAUGAAGCAUAUGACAGUGUUUUCAAAAAAUUUGGAUUCUUUUACGUUAUAAAAGAAAGUUCGCAAGAACAGUUAAUCAAAAGUGCCAGGUACCUACAGGAAUGUUAUAAGGACGAUCUGGAGAAUGCGUUUCCAACAGAAUGUUUGUAUUUCUCGGAACUGUUAAAAGAAACAGACAUAAAAUACGAAAAAUGCACUUUAUCAAAUAUGCUCUCGCACAUUCGACAAUACAAUUUGGAAGCAGUUUUCCCCAACGUUGAAAUCGCCCUACGUAUAUUUGUUGCUAUGGCUGUCACAGUUUGUUCGGCGGAGCGCUCAUUUUCUACCCUCAAACGACGUAUUUAAGAUCAACAAUGGAACAAGAGCGAUUAAAUGCAUUGACAAUUUUGACGAUAGAAUCUGAUUUGACAACAAGCUUAGAUUUUGAUAAUAUUAUAAACUCGUUUGCGGCUAUGAAAUCCCGGCGAAAACUAAUAUAAUAUUAUUAUAGUUCAUAUAGUGGUGAAAAUAAAUAUUUAAAUUUAAAAUUCUGGUUUUAUUGCUGUUUUUACCUAGCUAACCUAAGGGCGGCAUUUUUUAACUGGCGUAGGGCGGAAAAUUGGUAAAUCCG